AUAUAACAGGCCGAUUAGGGAGGAGGAAGAAGAGCGUGUUGUUUGUUUAGGUUUUCGCAGACAAAAUGGGGACUCUCUCCUCCUUUGUUUGUGUGUUAGGACUUUUCGUCCUGCUUGCGUUCACAUCAGCAUCUACUGAUGCUUUCGACAGCGUGUUGGGAAACACGGCAUCCUGCCAUAAGUCAUGUGAAAUGACAUACAGUUUGCACACGUAUCCACGGGAGGAGGAACUGUAUGCCUGUCAGAGAGGCUGCCGCCUGUUCUCAAUUUGUCAGUUUGUCCGUGACAUUGAUGAUCUGAAUCAAACCAAAUCCGAGUGUGAAUCAACCUGUCGUGAAGCCUACACUCAUUCUGAUGAGCAGUAUGCAUGCAACCUGGGCUGUCAGAAUCAGCUUCCAUUUGCUGAGCAGCGAAAUGAGCAGCUUGAGGCCAUGAUGCCUAGGAUCCACAUGCUGUACCCCCUGACGCUGGUCAGAGGAUUCUGGGAGGAUGUGAUGAAUCAGGCUCACAGCUUCAUCACCUCCACGUGGACGUUCUACCUCCAGGCUGAUGAUGGCAAAGUUGUCAUUUUCCAGACUGAACCACAAGUCAAGUUUUUCACCCAGUUUGAAGUAGAAAAAGAAGUCAAAGAAGAGCCGCAGAGGAACUUCCCAGGGUUGGGCCCAUUUUACAAAGAAUACCACCGCACUUUAAUCCAGGAGAGGGACAGAGAUAUGACCGGGGACCGCAGCUACGAUGAUGGAUACAACCUCUUCAGCUGCCUUUCAAGGAACCCUUGGCUGCCAGGGUGGAUCCUAACCACAACCCUUAUCCUGUCUGUGCUGGUCCUGAUCUGGAUCUGCUGCGCCACCGUGGCCACUGCUGUGGACCAGUAUGUACCUGCUGAGAAAUUGAGCAUCUAUGGUGACAGGGAGUAUUUAUGUGAAAAGAAGCUGACUCCAUAUCCAGCCUCCUCCCUGCUGAUCAUUACCUCCAAAGGCCCUGAGGAAGAAGCCGGGCCCCUCCCUUCCAAAGUCAACCUGGGCCAGUCUGACAUCUAGAAGCCAAAGCUGUAGCAAAGAAGCAAUUUUAAUGAAUAAUAUUUAGUUGAUUGUUAUCCUCUAGCACAAGACACGUGCUUCCUUUGGUCUAAACAGGAGUAACUGCAUUACUGAUAUAAUGUCUCCUUUAUUAAUGCUUUCUAAAUUAGAUUGAUAAAGGUUUUUUUCUGUAUAUUGGUAUAAUUGAGGCAUUAUAAUAUAGUGAUGGCAGCAGUCAAAUGUUUUGGAAGUUUUCUUUAAAUUCAAUGUGUGCGUUAGCUGGUGGUGUUGGUGUGCUUGUUUUCUUGAAAAAUGUUGAAAUGAACUAUUUGUGACUUGAAGUGAUACAGGUUUAAUCCCAUACCCUCAACUUGUAAGUAAGAUUGUGCUAAUAUUGCAGACUCUCCCUGUUUGUUCAUGUUUUUACUGCCAUUAUUUACAGAUGAUAUUGAAUUUUACAAUAAAAUGGUAUGCUCUUUAUCUUAACUAAUGGUGACGGUACACACAGUAUGUCUUUCCUGCUUUACGGUUGUCUGUUCUUUUAAUGAUGGAUCAGAAUUAAAUACAAUGGAUUGACAUAAUUGA